UUGUUUUUAUUUUGAUUCGAUUGCGAUUCGAACACGGAAGUAGUUGGUUUGUUUCUCGGUUCCUUUCGUACUGCAUCGUAUGAACUCGUUGACGAGCGUAUUGUGAAAUGUCUAAUUGUUUUUUUCGAACAAGAGUAUGAUAAUGAAUGUCUAAAUUAUGGUGAUAAACCGUUUGGAUCCGGAAUAAGGAAAGUAAAUCCCUAAAUAUGGCCUCGAGGGGAGACAAAGGGAAUGGAAAUGGCGAGGAGCAGAUUGUGGAGACGUUGGCGGAGGUGUUCCGCUGCUUCAUAUGUAUGGAAAAGCUGGUGGACGCGCACCUGUGUCCGCACUGCUCGAAGCUGUGCUGCUAUGCCUGCGUUCGGCGCUGGUUGACGGAACAGCGCUCGCAGUGCCCUCACUGCCGCGCCUCCUUGCACCUACAUGAGCUGGUCAACUGCCGCUGGGUGGAAGAGGUCACGCAGCAGAUAGAGACCAUGCAACAGACCAACUCUGCCACCCAGAGGGAGAGCUUUAGAGACAGAUGCCCAACACAUCAAGAGAAACUCACAGUAUACUGUUGGACUUGCCGCCGGUGCAUCUGCCACCAGUGCGCACUGUGGGGUGGCACCCACUCGGGCCACACAUUCAAGCCCCUGGAGGAGGUUUACGAGCAACAUGUGACUCAGAUCCGAGAUGAGGUGUCUCAGCUUAGACGGAGGCUCAUGGAGCUGAUUAGCUUGGUGCAGGAUGUGGAACGCAAUGUAGAAUCAGUCCGGGCCGCAAAAGACGAGCGCGUGCGGGAGAUCCGUAACGCUGUGGAACUGAUGAUCUCCCGCCUGGACUCCGCGCUCAAGGCCAAGCUCCUCACGCUGAUGGGCCAGAAGAACAGCCUCACACAGGAGACUGAGCAGCUUGAGCAUUUGCUACAGGAGAUUGAGCAUCAGCUACAUGCUAGCACUAGGUCUGAGUUAAUAGCCAAGAGUAGCGACCUGUCAAAGAUGAUUCACCAAGUGCGAAAGAAACCUAUGGCGAGCUUUGUCACCGCUCCAGUGCCCGCGGAUUUCCAUAGCGAGAUUGUCCCGAGCUACGACAGCAGCACCUUCCCGCUGACCAACUUCACUCAACUCCAGCACGCGGCUGCACCCGUCUACUCUGCCCCUCUCCACGUCAACGGGCUAUGCUGGCGUCUGAAGGUGUACCCGGAUGGCAAUGGCGUCGUACGGGGGAACUACCUAUCUGUGUUCCUAGAGCUCAGCGCUGGAUUACCGGAGACCUCCAAAUACGAGUACCGAGUGGAGAUGCUUCACCAAGUGUCCCGCGACCCGUCCAAGAACAUCGUCCGAGAGUUCGCGUCCGACUUCGAGGUCGGCGAGUGCUGGGGCUACAACCGGUUCUUCCGACUGGACCUGCUGGCUAGCGAGGGUUACCUCAACCCGGACACAGAUACCCUUAUACUGAGGUUCCAAGUGCGUCCGCCAACGUUCUACCAGCGCUGCCGCGACCAGCAGUGGUACAUCAACCAGCUCAUUAACAUGCGCAGCCAGCACAUCCUGCAGAUUAACGAUCUCAAAGAGCGUCUGUCACUUGAAAUGUCCCGCAACUCAAUGGCGGCGACCCGCGCACCGUCAACCGCCACCCCAGCGGCGCAGGCCUCCGACACCGACAACCCGGCGCAGAACAAGCCCGUCGACGGGAACGCCGUCAGCGACGCCUUGUUGUUCGCCGGCCAGUGGAAGUACUCGCCGCACGCUACUGUCAGCAGCCAGCGGCUCAUGAGCCCAGGAUCCCUGACGCCGGUGCUGUUUGAAGAAUCGCGCAACAAUGACGUAUCGUCCGCCGGCGCGUGCGGCUACGGCGACUACGGCGACCGCCGUCUGCCCGUCAACUUGCCGUCCACUUCCAGGUCGGCGAACUCCCUGGGCCUGGGCGGCGGUGGCGGCGGGGUGGGCGGGGUGGGCGGGGCGGGCGGCGCGGACAGCAUGGCGCUGGUGAGCCUGCACACGCUGCUGAGCGCCGCCGCGCCGCCGCGCGCGCCCGCGCGCCCGCCCAGCAAGCUGCCGCGCCCGCCGCCGCACCCGCACCCGCACCCGCACCCGCACCCGCACCCGCACCAGCCCAGCAAGGACGACCUCGCCACAGUGGCCUCGGUGCCGGUGUCGGAGGCUCCCCACACGGAGACGGCGCUGUGCGCGUCCAUGUCGUCGCCGGAGCUGAACGCGUGCGCGGGCCCCGAGCCGGCGCCGGCGCCCGAGCCCCGCGAGCCGCGCGAGCCGCCCCAGCAGCCGCUCGCCUCCGAGUCCAGCAGCGACGCCGGGGACCUGAUGUUCAGCGAGCUGGAUGUGUUCACGGAUGAGAACAACCCGUGCCACGCCGACGACAACUCCAACGAAGAGAACGACGUCGACGAGGAAACCAUGUCGGGUGAGAACGAUAUCGAAGGCGCGUGCGCGCUGCCGUCCGCCGCCAGCUCGGACAUCAUCAGCCGGCUGCUGUGCGCCGUGCACGGCGUGCCCGAGGCGCGCCAGGACGACCAGGCCACGGACAUGCUGCUGCUCAACCUGAUGCGGAUGAACGGCCUGGCCAAGUCUAAACAUAUAAAGUCGGGGGACAGUGGAACUCCGUCCGCCGCCAGCUCGGACAUCAUCAGCCGGCUGCUGUGCGCCGUGCACGGCGUGCCCGAGGCGCGCCAGGACGACCAGGCCACGGACAUGCUGCUGCUCAACCUGAUGCGGAUGAACGGCCUGGCCAAGUCUAAACAUAUAAAGUCGGGGGACAGUGGAACUCCGUCCGCCGCCAGCUCGGACAUCAUCAGCCGGCUGCUGUGCGCCGUGCACGGCGUGCCCGAGGCGCGCCAGGACGACCAGGCCACGGACAUGCUGCUGCUCAACCUGAUGCGGAUGAACGGCCUGGCCAAUGGAACUCCGUCCGCCGCCAGCUCGGACAUCAUCAGCCGGCUGCUGUGCGCCGUGCACGGCGUGUCCGAGGCGCGCCAGGACGACCAGGCCACGGACAUGCUGCUGCUCAACCUGAUGCGGAUGAACGGCCUGGCCAAGUCUAAACAUAUAAAGUCGGGGGACAGUGGAACUCCGUCCGCCGCCAGUUCGGACAUCAUCAGCCGGCUGCUGUGCGCCGUGCACGGCGUGCCCGAGGCGCGCCAGGACGACCAGGCCACGGACAUGCUGCUGCUCAACCUGAUGCGGAUGAACGGCCUGGCCAAGUCUAAACAUAUAAAGUCGGGGGACAGUGGAACUCCGUCCGCCGCCAGCUCGGACAUCAUCAGCCGGCUGCUGUGCGCCGUGCACGGCGUGCCCGAGGCGCGCCAGGACGACCAGGCCACGGACAUGCUGCUGCUCAACCUGAUGCGGAUGAACGGCCUGGCCAAGUCUAAACAUAUAAAGUCGGGGGACAGCUCGGACAUCAUCAGCCGGCUGCUGUGCGUCGUGCACGGCGUGCCCGAGGCGCGCCAGGACGACCAGGCCACCGAGAUGCUGCUGCUCAACCUGAUGCGGAUGAACGCAAAGUUGGGGGAUCGUGAAACUCCGUCCGCCGCCAGCUCGGACAUCAUCAGCCGGCUGCUGUGCGCCGUGCACGGCGUGUCCGAGGCGCGCCAGGACGACCAGGCCACGGACAUGUUGCUGCUCAACCUGAUGCGGAUGAACGGUCCAAAGCCCACGUCUGAAUUUACGGACCCCGUCCCAACAUCGGACACGUCGACGAAGCGCAACUGGGCGCACUUGCGCGGCGCCGGCGCGGCUUGGGGCCCCGCCGCCCUCGCCGCCCCCGCCUCGGGCGCGCGGCGCCGCGCCGCGCCGCGCGCCCGCCGCCCGCCGCGCCCGCCCGCCUCGCCCGCCCAGCUGCACCGCGUCGCCGACUCGAGACCGACUUGCGGAGCGGUGGGAUGUUUCCUGAGUCCGCCGGGCACGCCCGAGCGCGCCCAGCCCUCGCCCGCGAGCAGCGACUACAGCUGGCCGUGCGUCGCGUCUCCCACGGAAAUAGUCACUAACGUCGACUCUAUGCUUGACUAUAAUGACACGAUCUUCGACAUCCUCCUGAACAGCCUGUCGAUCUCGUCGCCGUGCGAGGCGCGGCCGGCGACGCCGCCCGUGGCGCCGUGGUGCCCGCCGCCGCACAAGGACGCCGACGCCGAGUGACGGCACCCGUGGCGCCGCCGCGGCCGAGAGUACCAGCACUGACUGAUGUGACGUCUCACAACAGAUAAAUUAAUCCUUGAUAUCUCUUCGACAUCUUCCUAAGGGCUCAUUUAGACGAUCCGGGAAUUCGCAUACGAGUUUCAUUACAUUGCGGGUUUUGAUCGGUCGCAUAAAUUGGACGUUACCAACAGUCUGCGGUGUAACUAAAAUCGCAUGCGUUUACGCGCGUCGUAUAAAUCAGCCCUAAAUAGUCUGUCGAUCUCGUCGCAGUGACAGUCGCGGCACGCCACGCCGCGUCGGUGGCGUCGUCGCGGCCGCGAGUACCAGCACAGGCUUCUAAUGAGGCUGGUAAUUCUGCCAAGCGACAACCAUCUCUUGCACGCUGCAUAGUUUAGAAAGAGGUGGGUAGUUUUUUCUCGACAGCAAUUCGAUUUAUAUGCCUAUGAGUCUAUAGCGUUGUUAGGCUAGGACGUCUGCCUAUCAAACAAAUCGCGGCUUAUUGAACAAUAUCGAUUUCGAUUCGAAAGCGGUGGGUAGAUUUUCUCCCGCUGUUUGAGUAUUUUAGCAGCCUAUGAGGGUUAAAAUUGGCGUUUAUUCAACCUAACCCGCAAUUUUCUAUUCGAAUAAAUAGUAAAAGAGUAAAGAAAAACUGUAAUUGAGGCGCUAUCAAUCAAAUUCUUAGCGUUGUUUUGUUAACAACCCGCCUUAGCGCCCGCAACCGUGCUGUGAAUUUUGUACUCAUAGAGGGUACUUCCCAGUUAUUUUAAAUAAAAUUGUAAACCCUCAGGAAUAGGGGUUUGUACAUAUACAAAAAUAUCCAGAUUCUUGAUCGUUCUAAGUACCCUUUAUAGAUAUUAGAAUUUAGUGGAACGAAUACGCACAGGUGGCGUGGAGAGUUACAAGUAGGGCAUGCUCCCGGGAAUUCCCGGUUCUCAUAUUCCCGGGAAUUUCCGGGAAUUUUAGUGUCAAAAGAACCGGUACUGAAGACCCGGUACCGGUACUUCCCGGUUCUCAUCAUAUGCCUAUUUAUUCCCAUUUCAAUAGUAGUAAUGUUUUAGUACUUUAGCUUGGGACAUUAUAUAACAUUUAAUAAUGGUGCUAUGAAACGGGGGACCCAUAUAACCCGACAAACUAUCCUAGUAAAGUAGGCAUUCGUGCAGGCAGGCCAUGCCGUCAUAGUGCUGAGUGCAUCGACUACGCUACAGCCGUGUGGCUCGGCCCAGGCGGAGGCAAAAGGUGCCGGUUAGUUUCGUAAAAUAGGUUGGAACGCCAAUAAAAUAAGUCAUUUAUUAAUUUAUAUGCAAUCAUUUACAUGAAAAUAAGUCAUUCAUAAAGAUUGUACGCUAACACAAACCAUUUCUUAUAAAGUAAUCAAAAGAUGCCUUGAGAACCGGGAAGUACCGGGAAUCCCGGUUCCGGCCAUGCCCAGAACCGGGAAAUGAAAUUCUUGGUACCGGUACCGGUACUGCAUGCCCUAGUUACAAGACGACCCGGUAAUGCUAAAAAUAGCAAAUCGAUAAGAUAAUAAAGGUAAUAUUAUUAUAGAUUUGCUAUUUGGAGUUGAUUUAAUUACCCAAUAGCUCGGAAUUGAAUUAGAUCAAUAUUCUUAAAAUAAUGAUUGAUUGUUCGAUUGAUGCUGCACCAUGUAAUACUACGGUAUUCUAGGUUUGCAGUAGCCGCGCUGCCAAUUUUACUUGUAUAUUAGCAAGAAGAGCUACGCAGCUAAAGAUUGAUGGUGUACACUAAGCCCAAUGCGCUCCAUGUAUCUACGCCUAAUGUGAAAUGAGUGAAAUGACCGUGUACAUAUAGUGCAUAAUUAUUUUCCGUCGUAUUUUCACGGAAACGUACGAACGUGUCUUGCUAUUUCAGUCAGUCUCGGUACAUAAAGUACUGAGGUUGAAUGAAGUAGCAUGACAAAACGAACGUUUCCGAGAAAGUACGAUGGAAAACAAUUUAUCUGUAGCGUGCGUGGGUUUGUUUUGUUGAUGGUUUUCUGUAGUGAUGCUUUCUUUCGUGGAAGUAUGUUUCAUAUACAGACGGUAUCGCUUGUUUCCGAAUUUCUAAUCGAUAUCGAUACAAAUCUCGUGUCAGUUAAUACUCAGGCUUUGAUAACAGUGUUCAAGACUAUUCUUGCAUUUCAGAUAGCAUUUUAAAGACGACCGCCUGACAGUUAGCUGUUAGAGCGAAGUAAUCAUUAUAAACGAAUGGUAUCGUUAGUCGCCUCGGGUGACUUGCUACAUACCAUCUCAUUCUUUGCUUUCCCUCGUUAGUUAAGGUCGUGCGUUUGCGGUACGUACUCAAUAGGUUAAUAUAAGUAUGAAUCGUCGUUAUCGAUGACUAGUGAUUCACGGUAUUAUAGUGUAUUUUGUAUGAGUUUACUCGACGGAGCUAAGACUGCGCGAUGUGUGGCGAAAAUAAAUAUUUUGUUAUGGGCAUUUGUCAGAAGACUCAAAAUUGUAAACGAUCUCUGUUUAUUCUAAUUGAAUAGUAUUUCAAUAUGAUUCUAGUAAAGUUGAUUAUAUAUUUUUAAUAAUACGAAUUUAAUAUAUGUAUUUGAAUAUAUACUGAAUAUUAAAAUGGUGAAUGUCCGAAAAUGAUUGAUGGUAUUUGUUAUAUUAAAUGGCUAGAUAGACAAUUGAUAUUUUAACUGUGGCCCUAUUGCUUGUAUCCCAAAUGUUUAUUUAAUUUGGGUCCUUCGCAAGUUUUCUUUAGAUAUAUAAUAGGUCUAAUUGCAAUUUAGUGUGAAACAUAAUUAAUGUAAAAUUUUAAGAAAUAUUAUUAAUCAUAUUAAUUGGCGUCUACAACAUUGUGUACCAAAAUUCACUUGACAAGAGUCUGAAGGUCCUCGUAAAUUGAUAACAUCUUUUAGAAUAUCUGUUUUAUUGUGUGUAGAACAUCUGAACAGUACAGUAUUGGUUCAUUGUUCAGUUAGCGACCAACAGUUCUCAAAACGCUCAAUUAAAGUUGUCCAUACAAAUUAGAUUUCAUCGGUCGCUACUUUUUAUACACAAGAAAUAUUAGGGCAUGUUUACACAUUGAUUAGUAUUUAGUGCGAGUUCAUACAUUUGCUAAUUGCGUUUAGUAGCAAUUGUAUGAACUUCGCAUUUUUAACUAAAGAACUGCGUAGCACUAAAGGUUCAUUGAAAUAAGUAGCUAUUUUAAGGCCAAAAGUUUUGUCAAAUUUUUGGUAAUAAGAAUAAUUUGAAUGUUACAAUUAUAGCCAUCGUUUAGCACGUUUCCUCCUGACUUUACGUACUAAAGUAUAUACAUAUAACUGUGCGGAAUGCAGUAGGAAUAAUAAUAACAAAAAACUUGACAAAAUUAUCGUCCGUCACGGUAUUUCCGAUCAGAAUAUAUAGUCAAUAUUCAGUAAAUAGUUGUUAGUUUAGUUAAAUGAUUCGACUGACAAGUUCAAAUGCGUGUGAUCAUAUGUAGGCAAUUGGGAUGGCUUCGUAUGAACGUGACUUUUACUGUUUGGAUGUAUUCAGACUGCUAUGAUGCUGUAAUGAUCUAAUAACAAUUUUAAUUGUUUUUAAUACAACUUAUGUUUUGUCCUUAUAUCGAAUUAGCUCAGAUUUUAAGUUCCACGUACGAUAUUCGGUGAAAUUAUGACUUUAUUUGAGUUACAAUUGAAGUUUUGGUCCAGACUGAAUAUGAGGUGAUUGUAAUAUAUUGAAAUUCCAGUUCUUAGUGGGCGAAAAACUGAGCUAAAUGCGAGUUCCAUAUUUGUGUUAGUGAAGCUGAGUGUACAAAAUAUUUAAAAUUGUUUCUAUAAUAUUAACAAAAUUGUAAGUGGCAGUGGUAUGAGGAACACAUUACUUAUGAGUGUACGCAGUGGAUUGCUUAAUAAAACAAUGAUAACUUA